GUUGAUCGUGACAAACCGCUGAGUAACACGCAAGUUGAAGUGAUGCAUCUUAAAACAUUUCCAUAGUUUAAACAAAAAUAAUAUAAAUAAAAAAGCUUUUCUUGUGAUAAAAGCUUUAAAAUAAUUCAAAGAUUAACAAUCUUGUUAUUUUCCUAAAUUACAUGAGAUUAAAAACCAAUUUUAUUCGUUUUCUUUCUCUUCAUUCAGAAAGUAUCUGGAAUUUCCAAAUGAAGUAGAAAACUAGGGAGAUAAGUGUCACACCGGUAGAAAAUAAAAAACAAAACAAAAACCAAUAAAACUGUGCUAUCGAAAAUUUUUGUUUAGAGACGAAUUUUUGUUUAUAAAGUUUAACCUUGACUAAGCUAUUGAUUCAUUCGGAUUUGGUCUUUUAGACAGAAAACUGCUAACGAACUUUGAGUCCGCCCAUCAGAAAGUCUUAUCAGUCGAUUAGGUUAGAUUUUGUUAUAGGUACAUGAUGUUUGUAUUCAAGUAAUGUUUAAGUGUGUGAGUGAUUAAGUAAAAAAUGACCAAAAAACUAUAUGCAAGUGAAAUGAACAUACCACAUCAAUCUGAUAGUGGUAACUCAUCACAUAAUCAUCAUCACAAUCAUAAAAUGUCAAAUCCCGAACUUUGUGCAACUAUCAAUAUAGAAAAUGUUAUAAAAAUCAAUCAAGAUGGAACUCUACAAUCAACAACAAAAGUAAAUGAAAUCAAUAAUAAACAAUCAUCAUCCCUUGAAUCACCUACCCCAUCGUUACGCAGUACAAGUAUAUCAAUUUCAUCGAUAGAAUCCGAUGCGUUAUCAAGUAUUAUCGAUUCCGAUGUCGAUGAGUAUGAGGAUACCAAAACUGGGUGUAUGUUGAAAAAACUCGGUCAACAAACUGCAAAUCCCCCGCCACUUGAUAUCAAUCAAGUACUAAAUAAAAAUUCUGAAAUUGGUGUACUGAUAAGUCAACAAAUUGAACGUGAUGUUGUUGGUAGUUCGACAUCGACGUCGAAUGGUCCUCAAGUUGCUAGUUUAUCGAUAGAUAAUUCAACAGAUGUGACGUUUGGUAGUAAAAGAUAUUUACAUGGACCUGUUACAAUUCAGCAGAUAUUGGUUGAAAAACCGAAUGGACAAAAUUUUGGAAGAACUAAUCCGGCGUUUGAAUGUUCUAAUGGCCGAACGGAUAAUAAUAACAAGCCGAGAAUACCAUCAGAAUGUGAAACACUAAGAGACAAUGCCCCACCAUCGUCGCAAUUUCAUAAGAAAUUUCUUAAUAAUAAGGUUGCAAUAAUAACUGCAAUAAUUGUUAUCUUAACAACUCUUAUUGGAGUAAUUCUUAUAUCAGUAACAUUUUACUUUAUUUAUAACAAUGUCCCAGAAAGUGAAAUUCAAGAAUAUUCAGGAAUGAUAUCGAGAGAUGAUUGGGUUGCACAACCUCCUAAUCUGCCAUUGGAUGAUUUGGAAACUCCUGUGUCUCGAGUAAUUAUCGCUCAUACAUCAACACAAAAUUGCUCAACAAAGGCAAUGUGUAUUUUUCGCACAAGAUUCAUUCAAACUUUCAAUAUGGAGUCGAGAUCGUACGAUGACAUACGGUAUAAUUUCCUAGUUGGUGGAGAUGGAAAUGUCUAUGUUGGACGGGGUUGGAAUAAAGUUGGUGCUCAUACAAAAGGCUAUAAUGAUCAUAGUAUAGGCAUUGCAUUAAUUGGAACUUUUAAUAAAUGGACUCCUCCUGAAAACCAGUUAAAUGCUACAAAAUGGCUACUUAACGAAGGUGUAAGACUGAAUAAACUUGUUCCAGAUUAUAAAGUCUAUGGAAGUAGACAAUUGGACUUUUCUGAUGGUCCUGGCGAAGCGUUGUAUAAUAUAAUAACAAAAUGGCCAAAUUGGUCAGAUGUAUCAAAUAAUGUAUUCGCGAUAUGUAUUAUUUGUAUUGUUGAAAAAAUGAAUUUCAAAGAUGACAAAGUUGAUAAUCAAUCCGAUAAUAGUGCCGCAUCAGCAGAUUCGGGAGUGAUUUUCAAUGACAGAUUAAUGUCCGGCGGUGGCGGUGAUAAAACUCAUUGCAAUAUCGAUAUUAGUACACGUGUUGAAUGUGAUAAAAAUUCAAAUGCAAAAAAUUCCACAAUAAACAUUGAAAAUAUUAUAAAUUUUGCUAAAAAUGUUAGUCCGACGAAUAAGGAAUCAACAGCGAAAAAAGCCACGCCUUCGUCUUUAUCGUCGUCGUCGUGUUCGGCGGCAUCUUCCCUCCGUAGUACACGUAUAUCGAUAACAUCGAUACAUUCAGAUGCAUCGUCGAGUGUUAUCGAUUCAGAUUGUGAUGUUGAUGAUUUCGAGGAUUCAAAUAGAAACUUUACAAUUACAAAACUUGGAAAUCAAACAUCAUGUUUGCCGGGAGAUGGUAAAAGUAUACCAAAUAUUGGAAACAAUGAUGGAUUGGUGUUGCUACAACAGCGUGUUGAAAUGGAACACAAUGGAAUGGAUAUUUUAGCUAUGGCAUCGUCACCAAUUACCACUGGCAAUGCUCAAAUGGCAUUUACUAAUUCAUCAGAUAUUACAAUUGGCCAAAGAAACUAUUAUCAAGGACCAGUGACGAUACAACAGUUUUUGAUCGAAAAUCGAAACCAGGAAGGUAUUUGUCUUCAGGGAAAUGAUAAUCCUGGUUUUGAGAAUGACAGUUCGAAUGUUGAUAAAAAACUGUCAAACGAUCAGAAAAAUGAUGAAAACCUAUCUCCAAGCCAGCCAUAUAAAUUUAUUUUUAACCGCAAAGCCGUUGUUAUAACAGCAAUAAUAAUAACUCUAACAAUUUUGAUUGGAGGCAUUUUCGCAACCUCAAGUUUUAUGAUGAAACGUUCAAGUAAGCAAGACGAGGAUGAUGAAGAAAAUAGAAAACAUAUUCCAGUUAAUAAUACAAUAGGAAAGGACAAUUUUGGUGGAGGAUCGGUAUUACGACUUGUACCUAGAGACGAAUGGCUUGCAAGGCCUGAAUCGGAAGAACUAACAAAGCUUAACUUGCCAGUUCACCGAGUAAUUAUUGCGCACACUGCAACAGAUGGUUGUUCUAACCAGGCUGCAUGUUCCUAUCGAACUCAAAGAAUCCAAGAAUUUCACAUGGACUCUAAAGAAUAUAGCGAUAUAGCCUAUAAUUUUCUAGUUGGUGGAGAUGGAGCUGUAUACGAAGGUCGUGGUUGGGAUGCCCAAGGUGCACAUACAAAAGGAUUCAAUGUGGAUAGCAUUUGUAUUGCUUUUAUUGGAACAUUUAUAAAAACCGUUCCUUCCGAAGGUCAACUUAAUGCAGCCAAAUUGAUUAUAGCCGAAGGUGUAAGACUGAAAAAGCUUGUGGAGGAUUAUCGGUUGUAUGGUGCUAGACAAUUAAUUGGAACAGAAAGUCCGGGGAAGGCUUUAUAUGAAAUAAUACAAAAAUGGCCACAUUGGUCAGGAAAACCUAUGUAAUUUAAAAAAUAAAUUUUAAAACAAUUUUUAACUACUUAUUAAAUAAAUAUGUUUAAGUUGUAAUAUGUAAAUAUUUUUAGUUUAAGAAUACAAUUAAUUACUAAAAUAUUUAAUAUUAAACUAAAGAAAAUUAGUUUUUUUGUGAUACAUAUUGUGUUAGAAUAUUAGAUGUUAAGAAAUGUUAUUGAAAUAAUAAAACAAAACAAAUAA